AUGGCAAAGAAUUUAUUUAGUGUCCCAAUAUUUUUCAUAUUGCUUCGCGAGUCAUUGGAGGCCUCGAUUAUCGUCUCCGUUCUCCUCUCGCUUGUGGAACAAAUUGUAGUAUCGCCCGAUGCACUUCAUUCGGAGUCUACAGAUGGCCUUGCCACGGCAGCUGCAUUUCCCGGUCGGUCCGACGCUCCUUCUGGCAGCACUGAAGGCUCUGGAACAGCCACACCCGAUUCACAAGUCAAAGAUGUUCGAAAUACUGAGGAGCCGUCGAACGAUAACGCUUCGAUAGCGAUUCAAAAUACUACAAGCGAAAACGAGGCAGGCGAAAUCAGACGAUCCGAACUCCUUCGGCGGUUGCGUUGGCAAAUUGUGCUGGGAGCUGGAUUAGGCUUGUUGUUGGCUCUGGUGAUAGGAGCGGCCUUUGUUGCCGUCUGGUUCAUCAAGGUGGUUGACUUAUUCUCUGCCGCCGAGGAGAUAUGGGAGGGUGUCUUCAGUCUGAUUGCCUAUGUUACGUAUGGAUCGUGCCAAGAUAAGUGGAGGCGGAAAUUGUCACACGCAUUUGCCGCCAAGGGUCAAAAUCCUUCUGACGACCAAAGCGGGAGAGCUGGGGUGCGGAUGUUAUUUAUGCUACCGUUUGUUACCGUAUUGCGCGAGGGAUUGGAGGCGGUGGUAUUCAUCGGUGGGGUUUCUUGGCCAACCAGCAAGCUCAAUCCCUCUCGCGGCUCUGGCUGGAUUGGUCAUUGGGCUUGUUGUGGGGUAUUUGAUUUAUGCAUCCUCGUCAAGGGCCCCCAACUAGAAUUAGGACUGUCCGCGUUUCUGAUUACUUCCACUUCACUUUUAUUGCUCAUUGGUGCUGGGCUCAUGUCAAAGGCUGUCGGGGCAUUCGAGCGCCAUAGAUUUAAUGUGAUGGUUGGUGGUGAUGUGGCUGAAGCAGGAGACGGACCCGGUUCAUUCGAUGUCGUUGGUAACAUUUGGCAUCUCGAUUGUUGCAACCCCGAAAACAAACUUGAUGCUAAAGGAUGGGCGGUGUUUAACGCCAUCUUAGGAUGGAGUAACAAUGGAAGUAUUGGGACCGUCAUAUCGUACAUUGCGUACUGGCUCAUCGCUAUCCUUGCCCUCGUACGGAUGAAGCACAGGGAGGGUCGCACAACAAUUGUGAAUAAAUUUGUGAAUGUUACAGGACUCUCUCGUUUUCGCAAUGCCAUUCGGAAGAGGAACGUGGAGAGGCGGGCACAGAGUACGGAACUAUCUUCUUAG